UACAUGUAUAAUGUGGUCAUCCUAACAUUAUAGAUUAUGCAUAUUUGCUGGAGAUAACAUAGAAUGACUGUUUUAAUAUACUAGUGGUCCAAUGGUAAGAGAAAAGACAUUGCCUAAUUUGGAAGGAAAUGGGCGUGGAGGACUGAAGUCCACGUUAAGGAAGAGAACAUCUGGGCAGCGUCAAGAGUAGUUUCUCCUCUGUUGAAUACUGAAAUGAAGGGACAAUGUUUGUAAAAAGCGACAACAAACUGCAGCACUAGGUAAUGUUAUCUUAGAGAUGGAAUCCAGCAAACGGCUGGCUCCCAGCACAACAUUGACUCCUACACAAACUCAGAGUAAGUCAAAAAAAACAGUGGUCGAGUGAAAACUAGAGUGAACAUCGGCAGGGCAUUUGAUUCCUGGAGGGACCUUCGUUCGGUUUUGGGGAUCAAAAUUUGACCCUGAAUUGGCAUUCUUCUUAUUGGACAGACUCACCUGAAGAACACAGCCUCAUUUAGGAAUACAAUUGGAAAAAAAAAUAUAUACAUUUGCAAUCAUGCCACUGGUCUUGCAGCCCUCCCGUCUCAUGUGGGCACGUUUGACAGCUCUGGUGUUCACAUGUGUGGCAUUUAGUGUGGCCUCCCAUGGAGGGUCACUCUUUGGUGGCAUGGGCAACUGGAGUGUGUUCUGCUGGGCUUUUAGCUUCACUGGCACCUUACUGGUUUUACUUGUGGAGCUCAUGGGUCUACAGUCACGUGCCCCUGUGUCCUGGACAAACUUCCCUAUUACAUUUGCCUGCUAUGCUGCACUCCUCUGCCUGUCCGCUUCCAUUAUCUUCCCCCUCUACUUCCUCAAGGGCAAUCAUAGCCGCAGUGAGAUCCGGGACCACAGAAUUACCUCCUCUGUGUUUUCCUGUCUGGCCACCUUGGCAUACCUGGUGGAGGUGAGUCUGGCACGGGCACGACCAGGGGAAGUGGCCGGAUACAUGAAAACAGUUCCAGGCCUGCUGAAGGUGUGCGAAACCUUUGUGGCCAGCGUCAUAUUCGUGUUCGUCAGUGACCCCGUUUCUUAUGAGAGUCACUCUGCUAUGAAAUGGUGCAUGGCCGUCUACUGCAUCUGUUUUAUGGUAUCAGCCACAAUCGUGGUGUUGUGCGUUGGAGAAUGUACAGGGUGUCUCCCUUUCCCGUUUGCAAAGUUCCUUUCUGCCUAUGCCCUACUGGCUGUUGUAAUGUACCUCACUGCCACUAUUAUUUGGCCAGUGUUCAAGUUUGACAGCCAUUAUUCCGGAACUUCCAGCAGACAGGUCAGUUGUCAGUACAGUACGGGUAUGUGUCCUUGGGAUAAAUUGGUCGCUGUGGCUGUUCUCACCGCACUCAAUUUCCUGAUCUACCUUGCAGAUCUGGCAUAUUCUGCCCGACUGGUGUUUGUCACCGCAUGAGAGAACAAGCAGUCAUCUUUUUCGAACAUUGAUGUUAAAAUCUUUGAAAGCGAAAGAGUUGUGGCAGCCCUUUAUCCCAAGUUUCUGGCGCAUGAGGAAAAUAUCCAGUAAAAAAGAUUGUAUUAUUGUAAAAAUGUAUGUGACUUUUAUAUUUACUAUGGGUCUGUUCCAAACCUGCAGCUGUCUUCUAUGGCAGCAUCCUUACUGAAAUGAUGCCUCAGUCAUAAGAGACCAAUUUGGAAUGCUUUACAUAGGCGGCAGCUCCGCGCAUCUUUCAAAGAGACUCACAAUUGAUUUUAACACAGAUGACGCAAAAGAAAUGACACGAUCCUCUAAUGAGCAUAAUUACAUAUAGCACACACAUUUUAGGUAAAAUAGUCCGUUUUGUGACAUAUUAAACUGUUAUUUAUCGAUACUUUUAAGUAUUCAAUAGAUUAUAAAUGUAUUUAUGACCUAAAUUCCUCUCGCUUUAUUUAUUUAGAUUGGAUUUAUUUUUCCACCGAGCUCAUCACGGUACAUACUGGGAUCACUUAUCCUGGGGAAGGACAUACAAUGUUACCUUAGAAUUUGGCCAAAACAAGAUAUAUUAGGAGGUAGCAUAAUUAAGAUGUCUUAAAAUGCUUCCUCCGUAGGACGCUCACUAGGUUUUGGAACAGACCCACUAUGUGUUUUCUAUAUGUACCUCUGCUGCCUUAUCUAAAUCCAAAUUGCUGUAUUCAAACACUGUACAUUUUUGUGCUGUUUUAUGUAACAUGAAACUUGUUUGUCACAUACACUACCAGUCAUAAGGUUGUUUCGUGAUCUUCAAGACAUUUUGAUCUUAAGGUUUAUGCUCUAAACAGUCCCAGCAGGAUUUUGCGGCAUUUAUUUUUAAAUUAUAUUAUUUUUAUUUUAUUGAGGCGCAAAUUGACUGAAUUUGCUGUGGCUUUUCUCAAAAAUUGUGAUUCAAUUUGUGGCAUUUUUGUGUUGUUUUACAGUAAAAAAUAACAAAUUAUUAUAGUAUCGGAUAGCUGUGUAAUGACAGCAUUAGUUCAAUUACCUGUAAUACGACAUAUGAAAAAAAUCUUUUGCUUGAUUUAAUUAAAAUCUGGAUGUGUAACAACAAA